AUGGAAGGUGCGAAAGUGAUUGCAAAAGAUCUUGGGUUCUUUUUGACACAUUCAUCAACCAAAUCAAAUGAUGGCGAGAAGUACCCCCGAAUAUAUCUUCACUGCCAUCGUGGAUAUAAGAACAAUACAUAUGUCCCAGAUCCGGAUAAGAAAGGACGAUCCAACACAAAGUCACUUAAAGAUGGUUGUCGUUUUCGAGUGAGACUGGUGGGACUCCCGGAGGAAAAGACUUGGAUGAUUGAUGGUGUGAAGGACAAUCACAAUCCGGGACAAUUUUCUGGGUUUCACAACCAUGCAUUAGAGCUUUAUCCCGAAGGCCACACUCAGAGGAAUGCUUUUACUAAUGAAGAGCUAAAGGAUAUGAAGGAGAUGGAAUGGGCUCGUGUUGCUCCUCGAAAAAUGAUGCAAACUAUCAACCAAAACUAUGGUACUCACCAUAACAAACGACAAUUUUACAACAUGACAGCAAAUAUAAGGAUUGAGAGAUUGAGUGGCAUGACCCCUUCGGAUUGGACGUUACACCAUGCGAGAGAGAUGGGGUACUACAUUGGCUACAAGCGUGAUGAUGAUCGCCACCUUACUCACCUUUUUCUUGCUCACCCUGAGUCCGUUCGGAUGUUGAGUGCUUGGUACCAUGUAAUCUUGAUUGAUUCCACAUACAAGACGAACAAAUAUAAGAGGCCCCUGGUUGAGGUUAUUGGUGUUACCCCCGUCAAGAGGAACUUCAACAUUGGAUUUGCUAUGAUGGAGGGGGAAACCACAGAUUCUUAUGUUUGGCUUUUGAGAGAGUUACAGAACAUGCUUGGAGAUCGCAUACCGAAUGCAAUUCUAACUGACAAGGAGGGAGGAUUGGUUGCCGCUAUCCCUCAGGUCUUCACGAAAUCGGCCCACUUGUUGUGUAUAUGGCACAUAAAGCGGAACAUUGAAGCUAAGAUGAUGGAUUUGGGGAUACCUCCCAACCUGCUGCAUAGCUUCAACACACACUAA